GCACCCACACCUCGCAACAAAACACACAACCGUAAGAUGGCGGUGGCAAUACGCAUAGAAGACGCUCGUCGGAAGACUUAAAACAGCGGCAGUGUUCCAUUCCGUCUGAACCCACCCCUCCGCUCUUCAAACAACUCCACAACCUGAAGUGACCUCUGCUCAGUCCGUCCGUCAUGCCAUGGCCAUGGUGAGCAGCCUCGCAGCCAUCAAAGAUUCCCGGUGGCUCCAGCUUGAAGUGUGCCGGGAGUUCCAAAGGAACAAGUGCUCCCGCUCCGACACCGACUGCAAAUUCGCGCAUCCCCCCUCGCACGUCGAGGUACAGAACGGCCGCGUCAUCGCCUGCUACGACUCCAUCAAGGGAAGAUGUAAUCGAGAGAAGCCCCCUUGCAAGUAUUUUCACCCUCCACAACACUUGAAAGACCAGUUGCUCAUCAAUGGUCGCAACCACCUCGCCCUAAAGAACGCCCUCCUGCAGCAGAUACCCCUCCAACCGCUCCUCACAGGCCAGCUGCCAACAGCUGUGGUAAGUGGUCUUCUGUACAGUCAGCUGGCGCAACAACAGCAGCAACAGCAGCAGCUGCAACAGCAACAACAGUGUGCAGCUGCGUUCAAUCUCAUGAAUGCAAAUGCGUUGAAGGCUACAACCUCGCCAUAUUUGCCUGCAAUGGCUGCAGCAUCCACAUUCAGCCCUUACUUGGGACACACUCCUAUGAUGACAGGUUUACUACCUGCAGACGCUCUAGCUUCGCCUCUUAGUCUAGUUCCUUCACCACUGAUGACUGCUGCCCAAAAAUUACAAAGGACUGACAGACUUGAGGUGUGCCGUGAAUUCCAGCGUGGCAAUUGCAAACGAACUGAGAAUGAGUGCCGCUUCGCCCACCCUCCUGAGCACGUGACCGUGGACAGUGGCGAGGGCACCGUCACAGUAUGCAUGGACUUUGUGAAGGGGCGCUGCACGCGAGACCAGUGUCGCUAUUUCCAUCCGCCAGCCCAUUUGCAGGCACAGCUGAAAGCGGCUCAGACACGAGCUGGCGCAGCUGCAGUGCCGCACAUGGUCGAGACCUUGAUCGGCAAGAAGCGUCCUCGUGAUGAUGACCUCAUUCUGACAUUUCCUGGAAUAGUUCCAUAUGCAAAACGAGCUGCUGUUGAUAAAAGUGGCCUUCCCGUUUAUCAACCAACUGGUGCAGCAUACCAACAGGCACUUGCCAUGCAGGUCCAACAGCCUUUUGUGCCUGUAACUUUUGCUGGACACCCUGCCUCUGUGCCGAGAUUUUAAGUCUGGGCUGUGUAAAAGGCCACAGUGUCGUUAUGUUCACCUUUUAGAAGAUUAUGUAGAGGUACUGGACGGGAAAGUAACAGUCUGUCGUGAUGCUGUAAAGGGCAAAUGCAGCCGGCCGCUUUGCAAGUACUACCACAUACCUCUGCCCACUCCGUUCAUGAACAGCGUACUGUGACCACCAUUUAUAAUUAUCUAAAGAUAUUAUUUGUUUUUCUUUUCUUUUCCAAGAGUGUUGUCUUCUACCUAUUUGACUCGAACGAUCCUUCUGUGAUAAACAGAUUUAUUUUCUUGCAACUAACGGUGACUUGCAGACACUAGUCAACUGUCACUCGGAUGUGCCAUCACUUCUAUGGAUGUUCAAACACACACACUCAAACAAGUCCAGGAACGUUUAUUUUGCUUGUUAAAUCUUCGAAUGAUUAUCUUUCAACAAAUGAUGUGUUGAAAGGAAUAUUUUCACCUGAAGUUAUAAAUUGUGUGUUUUCGUUUCUAUUAUAUAUUCUAAGUACAGUUAAUGUUUUGUUUUCAUAUUUUGAAGAUAUUAGCAUUGGAGUUUUCACUUGGAUGGGCUUCAGUCUUUCGUUUUUUUCCAUUUACUGAUACUAAAUUGAUAUUGAAAUAUGACUGGAAAAUUGUAUUUCUUUGCCGUUUGGAUAUUUUCUAAAAGAAACAUGGAGAAAAGUAAUUCUGAAGAAAUGAAGAUUUAUGGAAUUAGAAGAACAUGUAAACAUUUUAUUGAAUUAUUUUAAUACUAAAUUGACAUCUGUUUUAUUUUUAAAAAAAAUUAUUAUUACUUUCAAAAUAUUUUUAUAAAGAUAGUUAUAUGUGAUUUUAUAUUUUUUCAUUAUGUUUAUCAAAAAGCAGUUGUUGUGUGAUUAGAAGAAAAUCAAAAAUAUUUAAAUGACGAAUUUUUAAAAAAUAUAAUAAAAGUUGUUUUUGCGUCUUUGUAUAUUUAUAUUAGUUAAUUCUUUAAUUGCUGUGCAUGCUGAUGAUAUGUUAAUUAACUCUUGUGCAGUUAUUGUGCAAUAAUAAAUUGUUAUUUUAACUUUGUCAUCAAAAAAUUACUUUAAGAAAAUGAUGUAGUUCUAAAGAACUAUACUAGUCUAAGUAUUUUAUCAGUAAUUACUUUUGUUUACCGAAUUUUAAGUUUAUAGAUUGUUUAGAUAUACAUUUAAAAAAGUUAUCUGACAAAAAUGUAUGUGAUUAUUGACAAAAAUGUAUGUGAUUAUUUACAUGUUUAUUUUUCUUGUGAAAUUAUUUAUUUAAAUUUAUAAUUGAAAAAAAAAAAAAAGACUCCUCAGGUGGAAAUCAUUCUUUACACAGCUACAAUUUCAUCUUUCUAUGAAUUGCAGGAACAACUAACUGUACAUACUCUUAAAGUAUGUUUUCAUUUUUUGUUGCUUUAAUUAGAUGUUAAUCAACUUAUUGCUGUGCAUGCCUGUUCUAUAUUAAAUUUAUUGAAAAUCAUUUUUGAAUUUGUGUCAUGCCUGGAAAUACUUCUUUUUAAAUGUAUGAUUCAUGUAAUGUCUAAAUAUUUUAAAUUUUAAUGACUUAUUUUGCUAGAUUGGCUCAUUUUUUUGUUUGUAAAUUCUGUUCUUUUAUGAUGAUCUUUUAUAAAUUAUUUUUAUUAUAAUUUAUUUAUACAGGAUGCCCACUUGAAUACUUUACACCUCACCUUAACUUCUGAAUUAUAGCAUUUAUAGUCAUGGAAGUUGUAUCUUGGUAUAGUAAAAUGGCUGUGCAUUAUAUGCUGAGCUCACUUAGACCAUCAUCUGGCAAAAAAUUAGAGAUAAUGUUCCUAUUUAGUAAAAAGUACAAGAAGUGUGUGUGUGUGUGUGAUGGGGAGGAGGUGUCAAUUGCAAAGUUGUGGAGCAUUUUCGAUUUAAUACAAAUAAGCAGUUGAUAGUAAGAAUAAAACUCUCAAAAUCCACAUAUGUUUGUUCAUGAUUUUUGAAAAUGUAAUGUUACAGUAUGUGUUCAAAAAGAGAAAAAUAAUCAGUUUUCACAAGAUAACAAAUUUUCCUGUUCAAAUUACUCUUUGUCAUGUAUGAUACAGAUUUGGGCCAUUGUAUGCUUUGUAACAUAUCAGUUGGUGUGCUAGUACAAGCAAAAUUAAUAUGUCAUCCAUAGUCCUACAAUGUCAGCUGAAAGGGCGUACUUAUUGUUUGAGUUAUUUCCUCUUGAAAAGUAGAUUGAAUUUUUCUUUCCUGAAAAGUAAUAUUUUUUUCUUUUAUCUAUGUUUUGUGUGCAUAAUUUUGGAAAAUGCACACAAACAAAUGUAUAUUUUAAGCAUUUUGUUUUUUAGUAUAAAUAUUUCAAAGUGUCUUUUUGUACUAAAUAAAUAAUGUUCUACAGCUUUGUUAUUGACAUUCCCAUCCCCCCAUCUUGUACUGUUGUCGAUUUGAGUACUGAUGCCAUUGUUUCCAGUCGGGACGUUGUAAGCGAGUUUCUAAGUACAUUUUAUUGUACUUAGAUACCACUUUCAUAAUUAUAGAUUUUUUCAUUUAGAAGUUAAAGGAGGGGAAGGGCUUUUUUUAGUGGAAAGUGUCACAUACAAUGAAGCACCAUUUAUAUGUUAUAUAUAAUAUGAUUAUUAAAUUUAAGGUGAUUCGUGCAUAUAUUUAAAAGUUUUUAAGAUGAUAUAUUAAUAGUAAUGAAAAUAAUGAUUAAACAUUUAGCAUAAAAAUAAAUUGUACCUCCAUUGCAAAUCUUGAAUAUUAAUUGUACAUUUCUUUGUUUAUACUAUCAUAUGCAUCACAAUUGAAAAAAAAAUCUUCAUUUGCCAUCUGACAAGUUGCUUGCCAGCGAGUAUUAACUAUAGUAUUAUAAAUCGAAUUAUGACCAUUGAAAGCUUUUUCACUAGUGUAGGGGGGUUGGAGUUUGAAGAUUUUUAGUAGAAGAUUUGGUAGCAUUAUGUUUUAAAAAAAAAAAGUGAAAUAACUUUCUUCCAUUCUUUUUUAUUAUCACUUAUAUUAUUACCAAAUAGUGUUUCCCAUUUUCCCUUAAAAAUUAUGGGAAAAAAAAAAAAUGACCGAUUCCAAAAAUUUAGGAAAUUAAGAAAGGAAUAUUAUUGAAGCUUUAUAUUCUUUAUACAGUGUAUGAAUUACUUAGUAAUCAUUGUAAAAUCAUUGAGUGGUUACAAAGAAAUCGGGACUGUGAUGAAACAAUGCAGAAAUAAGAAAUCUAUAAAUGGUACUUCAUCGUAAUUAUAACAACAUUUAAAUUUUCAGCUAAUAAUUUUUAUUAUUCAUUAAUUUUUUUUUUAUCUUUGAAAUGUAAAUACUUGUGAUAUGGCACAGGUUUUAAAAAUCUUGAGUUAACUUGAAACUUAUUACAUAUUAAAAUUGUUUAAGGAUAAUCAUUAUUAUUGGGACUGUGCUAUUAAAAAUUUUAUUUUCUGUUUGCAUUUACAUUCAGUAUAUCUAUAUAGCAUAUAGAAUUGUUUAAUUCUUGUUAUGUGAAUUGUAGAAUUACUAUUAAGAUUUUUGUUUUCUAAAGAAAUGUGAUUUUUAUUUCUUUUUUUGUAAUAUUUGUUAAUUUUUAUUUUUUGUUUGUGUUAAAAAUUAUGUGUUUUCAUUACUAUUUUCUGAUGAACGAACUGGCUUAAAUCUAGCAUGUUAUUCAUUAAGAUGAGUGGUGUAGCUGGAAGCAACUACCUUGAAUGUCAUUCUUUCAAAAGGAGGCAAAAGUAUCACUUAAAGCUGAUUGGUAGUUUUAUGUGUGGAUGAUUGUAGCAUCCACUUUUUGUCUUGGGUGCCAAAGCUUCUAACUGCACCACAAGCCAAAUAUGUACCAUCUUCUUUGCAGCAGGGACCAAUAAAUUGUUGGCCUUUUAUUUUUUUUCUCUCUCUCCAGGAUUUGCAUUUUACAUUCUUUGUUAAAUCUUUUAAUAUUUGUAAGAUAUUCCAUAUCUUCUGAAUCCAAACUGUCCUAUUAAUUGAAAUCUGUAUUAAAAAAUGUCACAUUUUUAAGAACAUUUUUUUAUUGGCAUAUUUGUUUUUAAAAAUAUCUAAUUUUAGCAAAAACUGAGUAUAUGCAAAAUGCUUUCAAAAUUCUUAUUAUGAGAGUAAUUAAAUAAAACUGAAAUAGUUUCUUCUGAGCUUUAAUAUUAUUAAUCCAUACUUUCAAUGAAUGAAAGGUAAGUUCUAAUUAUUGUUCAAAUUUUUUUUUUAAUAAUUGAAAAUGGAUAUUAUAAAGAUAUAUUAAUAUUUUUGAAUUGGGUUUUAAUGAAUUAAUUAUAAAUUACUGUACAAUUGUUCAAUGAUUUAUCAAAUAUUCAUCUAAAACAUCAGUUUUAUAAUGUAUAUUUAUGAUUGAUAACUAGCAUUAACAUGUUCAUGAUAUGAUUUCUAUCAAUAUUAUGGUAUAGAGAUAAAAAUAUGAUAUUGGCAAUAUGUUGCGAAAAAAAAUUGUUUAAUUGGAUUCUAUCGUUUGUUGUUUUUGAGACAUCAAUUCGCUUAUAAUGAAAAACAUUUUGAAAUUUCUAUGAAAUAGAUAUUCUAAUUGCAACUCUAUUACAUCAGUUGAACCUAGCCCUUGUAACUACAUCAUUUUCUUUCACAAUUUUGAAUACCUGCAAUGCAAUCUAUUGUUCAGAAGUGUUUUAAUUUUAUUAAUUUUUAUAAUAUAGUUAAAUAAUUUAAUAAGCAAUUAGUAUAAAAUGAUGUUUUGGCUUUUUUUUUCCUUUUGACGAAUUAGAACUAUAACAUUUUUUACUCUAUUGAUGCCUCAAAUUUUUGUUAAUAUAUAAUUUACCCUCUUCUUUCUAUAUAAUAUCUUUCAUGUGAAAGUGAGAUCAUGAUAUGGUGGAUCUCCUUCUUUGCACUGAGUGAAGGUAAUUAAUAGCCAUUCCCCUGCUGCAUGUAUUCUGCUCUUCCUCCUAAAUUUCUGAACUACACACUUAGCAAACAGAAUACAUUUAAGUGCAUACUGAUGCGCUGGGCAUUUAACUUAUCAUUCAGAAAAUAAAACAUGCAAUAAAAAUACUUCAACUUUAAUGUGUUUUUUGAAGGGAAAAAAUAGUUUUGUACACGUGAUUCCCAAAAUAAGUCUCGAUCCCUGAGAGAGGUGAUGGAAUUUUUAACGGAGCCAAUUGAGUGAUCCGACAGCCCACAAGUAUGACUGUUCAUACUGCCUUCUUUGUAUGAUAGUUAUAUCUACUUAUGCAACUUUCCAAACCUUUUUAUGCACACCCUUUGAUAUCAAUAGCUCAGCAGGUCUCUGGCUCAAAUAAUAUCAAAGAAUUCAAAUAAAUAAGAAGUUUUUAUAUUUAAAAAUUAUGUUUAACUACACUUCUGUAAAGAAAUAUUUGUCAAAUGAAAAUUGUAAGAUUUUUUUUAAAAUUUACCUUUUUUUUCUUUCUUUCAUGUCACAACUCUUUGUAGCACUUAAUAGCUUUCAUUUUGUAAUUCAAAAUGUAAUUUCUCCCAUAAUUACAUUUUUGCUUUAAUUGAGUGUUUUUUUUUUUUUUUUUUUUUUUUUUUUGCCUGUUAAAAAUAUUUUUAAAAUAUAGUUUCUCUUUUCAAAGAUUUUUCUCAGCAAAUUUUAAAUAUUGUAUUCGUCAUCAGAUAAAAGCGAAAAAUUCAAUAUAAUUUGGAUGAAAAAUUGAUUGACUUAAAAUAACUCCAAGCACAACUCGAUUUCUUUAAAAACAUUUGAAGCAUCCAUUUUCUUAAAAUAAACAAAUAAAAUAACUAUGGAUUGAUGGCAUAAUUUCAUAUCUUUGUUUUAUUAUAUGAUUUAUUUUUAUUUCAUGUAUAGAUUUAUAUAUUUUUAUGUUAUCAAAUAUUACAUUUCUUUUUUUUUCUAGGCGGGAAAAUAAAUUUCAUGAGCUUUAUAUAGUAAAUUGUUAUCCAAUUAGAUUAUUUCCAUUUUAAUAAUAAGAAAUUUAUAAUUAAAAGAAAUAUUUAAUUUAUAAUAAUAAGAAAUAUAAAUUACAAACAUUGAUACAUUCACAUUUAGAGUUAUAUUAGCUUGGUUGCUAAAUAAUCUAGUUGCAUACAAAUGAACUCCUGUUAUAAAAACAAAAAAGUGAAUCUCAUUUUACAAAUUAAAAAAGAAUGUACAUUUUAUUUCCUUUAAUUAUACGUUUUGUUCCUUCUCUCUUUUACCAUUCACUUCACUUCAUUUCUUACCAUGCAAUCAAAACCACACAUACAGGAACACUUUUUUUAGAAAAUAUUAUUCGUUCAAAAUGAAAAGCCAUUGUCCUGCUGAAGCUCUGGCAUCAUGUCUGCACUGUAUUAAAUGUUAUCUAUGCAAACAACUACUCAUUUAAAAUUUCCACUGAAAUAUUGUUUGUCUGCAAAUGUCACUUAUAGCUGUUCUGCAGUAUACAGAAAUUUCUGUACAAAAGGAUAAUAAUAAUAAUAAUAAAAAAAAAAGAACGUAUCUGUGUACUGAAAAAUACACAUAGAUAUGAACUUUAAAAAAAAAUUGGUGUUGAAUGCAAGUUGCAAUUUUUAAUUGUUUAUUCAUUAAAGAAUAUUUUUAAUAAUGUCUUGUAUUUGUACUAUUAUUUUAUUACAGGCAAUGUUUGCUUGUGAUAAAAAAAAAGGUAAAUAUAACUUGCUGUGUCAUUUUCAUUUUUGAUUUACUGUGUAAAGGCAUUUUUAUUAAAAGUCUAUUGUAGAAGAGAUGACUGUUAUCACCACAAACUGUCCGGUGAUUUGAAAAUGAUAUAUAUCUAUAUAUAUAUGUAUAUUGUAUAAGAAAAAUUGUUAUAUAUAUAAGCUUUUUUCAGUAUAAUUUUCAUGAUAAACUAUUUGGAUUUCAAGCCACAACAACAACAAAAAAGACUUCUUUUUAUAAUGCUGAACUUAGCAGAUGUUAGAGAAAUGAAUGGCAAUAUGAAAUCACAGUAAUAUGUUGGUAUAUGCUUGGAGAUCAUUUCAAAAUUAUAUCAGAAAAAUUCUGUUCUCUAAAGGUAUUCUUGAAAUUGAGUCAAGUCUCUUUUUAAUAUAAUUUUGUAAUACAUUUAAAUAUUAAAAUGCUAAUUAAUAAAAAAAUAUUCAAGCUACAUUUUUUUUAAAAUAUCAGCAAUAUAUUUUAUUAUAUUAUGAUCUAAAAAGUUUUUUUACAAAAUAAAUCUUUUUGAGCAACUUAUUUCCACACACUUUAGAAGUAACUAAAAUAAAAAUUAAAAAAAAUGAAGAUGUGUUAUAUUGAAUGCAUAUAAAUGUGUGGAUUCUAAACAUUUAAUUCUUCUUAAAUGAAAAUUGAUCAAUUCUGAAUAUAUGAGCAGUUGAAAUGAGAUUUUUUGUGAAAUUUAACAUUGGUAGCAACAUUUAAUGAAUUGGUCACUUUCAUAGCUUUUGUUAUUGGAGCUAUGAUAAAAACUGGGUCAUGACAUGUAUAUUCAAAUAAGUAUUGAUUUUUCACAUUUAAUUAUAUUUGUCGUAAUAAGCACUUAAUGUAUUUCCAAAAGAUAUUGAAAAAACCUUGUAGUAUUGUGAAGAGUUUUUAUAAAUGUGGCUCUUAAUGCUUUUUUUUCUUCUAAAAUAAUUCAUUUAUAUCAGUUUUUUUUCCCAUAGUGGAUGAAAUUAAAAACAAUUUAAUGGUUUUGUUAGUAUACAAUUUCGAUAAAUAUAAUAGUUCAGACUGAAAAUAUAUCUAUAAUAUACAUAAUUUGACUUCUAACUUAAAAUGUAAUAUUCUUUAAAUUUUUUUUUGUGCUCUUGGUUAAUGCUAAUUUAACUGGAGACUUGACUCUCAUAGUUCAAAAUUUUCUAAAAUGCUGUUGUUUAGUUUGAAUAUAAGUAUAUAUUGUUGCUAUUCUACAAUUUUUAUUAUAAUAGAAUAAAUUAUUAACAUAUUGAAUGUUUUAUUCUUUAUUACAGAAUAUUAAUCAGUUGAUCUUAAAAUAAAUAUGAAAUUGUCAAAACAUAGGAAUUAGAAAAUGAUUAUAAAUUGAAUCUUCUUACUGAAAUUCCUUACUCAUAAAUAUAGAGAUAAAUAUAAUGUGUUUACUGCUGUUAUUGGAAUAUCAAGAAAUGUUUAUGAGUUUAAUAGAGAUUCAAUUAACAUUUUACUGUGAUCUUAAAACAUUGAAAGUGUUAUGAAUACAUUUAUAUGAAAGAUAAGGCUGCCUUCAAAUUUAUGAUUGUGCUGUGAAAAAAAAAAAUGAGGGUGUUUUUAAUGUAACUGAUUUUUUUAAAAAAUUAUUCAAUUCUUGAUGCAACCAACUUUAAGAUGGUUUUUGAUUAUAUUUAACAGCAUGGUACUAAUUUGUUGAUGGAUUGCUGUUGAUAACCAACAAUCAGCAGGUAUUAAAUUAAUCAUAUUAAAUAUAAUAUCAAAUUUGGUGAGAGAUAUUGAAAAAUUUGGGGGACAGUAUUAUGUUUUUAAGUAUAAUCCAUUUUUUUUUGUUUGUUAUUUUUUUAAAUUGUUAGGUACAUGUAUUGCUUAUUGUUGACAUAAAAUGCAGUUUUCAAAUAAUUUGUGUGAAAAAUUGGGAAUUUGUGUCAUUUUUAUCAAGUUUGCUGUGUUUUUGUUCUUGUUAAUAAUUUUUGAAGUAUUUAAUGAUGAUAGCAUAGCAGUUAUAAUUUGAAGGCAGCCUAGGUUGUUAAUUUAAAUUGUUGUAAGAUGUUGAUGAGUGAAACUUUGAAAGCAGCAUUUUUUAGGCUCUACAACAGCCGCAUUGUACAGACUCUUAUUAAUCUCCAUUACAACUUGUACAACUAUGCAGUCAAAUCCUAAAUAAAUAUAUAUCUAUAUAUACAUGAAUGUCUCAUAAAAAGCUGCUCUUACCAUGCAGUACCUUUAUAUGAAUUACAAAAGACAUUGAGCACUGCUUUUUUUGCAGAGCCACACCACUUUCAAAGAUGUUGCAACUUCAAUUCCUUAUCAAAGUAUUGUUAAUAAUAUGCAUAAGUCAUGUGUGACAUAUUUAAAAAUUUGUGCUGUUUGUAGUAAAUUUGUUGUUCUGUUGCUCAAAAUUUUCUUUACAAUGAACAGUAAAUUGGGUAGUGGUUUGAUUUAGUUGGAAGUGUAUUUCCAACAUGUAUCCUGCCUUCUUGUGGCCGAUGAUAUUUUUAAAAAAAUUUUUCGAUUAUAUAUAUCACUGAUUUUAUUUAAAUCUUGUGAAAUUUAGAAAUCUUUUUCACUUGGAAAACAAGCUCUGUUUAUGCCAUUCAAAAAAUAUCUAGUUGAAAGGGGUUUACUGAUUUUUUACAACCUUUCUAGUUCAUCUAUUCUGAGUUCUACUAAAAACGAAGGAAAUAAAAAAUUUAAAUGUGCAAUUUCUCUUUCACAAAGACCCACUAUUGGGUAUUUAAUCAAAAGAUAGUUUCAAAAUGUAUGUCAUAUAUGUUAUUUUGUUACUGAUAUAAUUACAGUGAAUUCAGAAUUCUAUCGUGUUUUUUAGAUCGUAGAAUCUGUAUUUUUUUUAUUAUUAUAAUAUUAAUUUUUAAAAAAAUAAAAUUUGAUGUGUUUUUGUUGA